AUGUCAGCGACGGUGAAUGAUAGGAAGCUGUUCAUCGGGGGACUGAGCUGGAGCACAACGAGCGAGACGCUGCGAGCAGCAUUCGAGAAGUAUGGCAAGGUCGAAGAAGCCAAGGUGAUAUCCGAGCCCGGCACGGGUCGAUCGCGAGGCUUCGGCGCCGUGAUGUACUACAACGAGAGCGAUGCGCUGGCGGCCUAUAAGGGGAUGCACGGCGUGGAGCUCGAGGGGCGUUUCCUCUACGUCGAUCGCUAUCGCGACGGCCAGGAGCGUGACAGAGCUGCCUACAGAGCUGCCGGCUACGACCGCCCCUACGAGGGCAGCCGAAGAGGACCGACCGACAGUGCCGCGCCCUACGGUCGGGAUGGCUACGAGCGUGACUACGAACCUCGGGGCGGCUACGAUCGCGGCGGUUAUGACAGAAUGCCGUACGAUGCGCGAGGCGCGGGCGGCUACCCCGAGAGCGCCGGCGGCUAUGGCGGCUACGGCGCGAGGGCCGCGGGAGGACCUCCCGGCGGCUACGGCGUGCCACCGCCUCGCGGCGCCUACCCCGGUGCGCGCGGCGGCUACGGCGGCGUUGGCCGCGGUGGGGCGCUCCCCAUGCCGCCACCCUACGCCGCCGGCGGUCGCGGCGGCUUCGGCGGCUACGACCCCUACUACGGCGCACCCGCCGCCGGUGUGCGAGGCGGGUACGAUGCGAGGAUGGACUACUACGGCGAGGCUGCCUACGGUCGGGGACGCGGAGCCGCUGCGGCCGGCUACCCGCCGCAGCACUCGGCCUACGGCAGGCGCGCUAGGCCCUACGACUACCCGCCCUCCGCCACCGGCGCCUAUGCCGGCGCCCGGCCCUAUGACAGAUAUCCGGCCUCGGGCUACGACGAGCGGGACUAUGGCAGGUCGGCCUCGGCGGCCUACGACGAUCGCGACCGCGGCGGCUACGCCGACCUGGACCGCGCGCGCAGCGCCUCGGCCUACGACGACCGCGACCGCUCCGACCGCAACGGCGGCCACCACCACGACGACCGCUCGCGCGAGCUGAGCCGCGGCGGCGGCGGCGGCUACGACGACCGCAGGCCCGGCGACAGGGACGUGCGGUCGGCCACCGGCGGCUACGGCGACGAGCGGUCCACGUCAUCGUCAUCGUCGUCCUGGGGCGCCGGCGCCGGCGCCGGCAGCGACUGGGACAGCAAGGAGCGAGAGCGCGAUCGGGAGCGCGAGCGGGGCAGCAGCCGCUCGUCGUACGACACGCACCACCAUCACCACCGCAGCAGCAGCGACCACCACGACCGGUCGUCGCGGGACGAACUCGCCCCGACGUCAUCUUCGUCUUCAUCGUCAGCAGCCUAUGGAGGAGCGGACAAGUACUACGGCGGCAGGGAGAAGGAGAGCAGCGGUGGGUAUGGUGCGUCGUCGUCGACGUCAUCGCAGCGAGGAGGGAGCAGCAGCGGAUCAUAUCAUCACGCCGACCGAGAGAGGGACGGCCGAGGCUCGACAUCGUCAUCUUCGCUCGACAAGAGGGACUGA